AGGGGUUAAGACAAGUAGAAAAGGUAAAUACUGUAUCUAAAUGUUUAAUGUGUCAUGUGUGUGUUUUCAGGGUGACACUGCCCCCGGAGCAGGUUACCAAGGUAACAGUGGGACGACUCCACUUCAGUGAGACCACAGCCAAUAACAUGAGGAAGAAAGGCAAACCGAACCCUGAUCAGAGGUACUUCAUGUUGGUGGUAGCGUUGCAGGCCCAGGCCCAGACCCAGACCCACAGUCAGAGCUUCACGGUGGCCGCGCAGGUGUCCGAGAGGAUCAUCGUCAGGGUAACCUCUGCGUCUAACCCGGGUCAGUUUGAGAGUGACAGUGAGGUGUUGUGGCAGCGUGGCCAGCUACCUGACUCAGUGUACCACCACGGCCGGGUCGGUAUCAACACAGACCGACCAGACGAGGCCAUGGUAAUCCACGGUAACCUGAAGGUCAUGGGGUCACUGGUACACCCGUCCGAUAUACGGGCUAAAGAGAACGUCCACGAGGUAAACACUACAGACAACCUGAAGCGGAUCAGUCAGAUGAGGCUGGUUCAUUAUCAGUACAAGCCUGAGUUUGCUUCCAGCAUGGGCAUCGACUCCAGCCCAGAGACUGGAGUGAUUGCUCAGGACGUGCAGCAGAUUCUGCCUGAAGCCGUGAAGGAGGGAGGAGACGUCAUCUGUUCCAAUGGAGAGACCAUCCCUAAACUUCUGGUGGUCAACAAGGACCGUAUCUUCAUGGAGAACGUCGGUGCAGUGAAGGAGCUGUGUAAACUGACUGACAACCUGGAGACUCGUAUAGAUGAGCUGGAGCGCUGGAGCAGGAAGCUGGCCAAACUCCGCCGUCUGGACAGCAUGAAGAGUACAGUCAGCGGAGGCACCACCAGCCAAUCAGGGAGCCAGUUCAGCAGGACAGGAAGUGGUCCCCUGAAGAGGAAGACAGCGAAACCUGGAAAUAAGAGUGCGACUCCAGAGCAGGGCUGCAUCAGUCACAGGUUCAUGCAGGGAACCAUUCUGGCUCUGGUCGUCGUCAUGGCCUUCAGUGUCAUCUCCAUGUCCGUACUCUAUGUGUUGACACUGCACCACAGAGGGGACGUCAGCGAGAAAGACGUGUCUGCAGAGGGAUCAUCUAGGAUGGCAUCUGCUCCUCGAUCCACCAUCUCCACGCGUCAAGAUACAGUCCCACCCUCUCCUUCACUGGCCAAUCCUGCAGCUUGCUGUCCACCUACAACUGCCACAAACAACCAAUCAGCAACUACUCUUUCGCCAAGCACCAACCAGUCAACACUGGAAGUAAGUAGUCCAGUCCCUACACUGCGCAGCAUCAACAAGAAGGCCAAGUCCAGGCCUAUGGACAAGGACGGACGCUACCGGAACCGUCUCAGCCACACCUCCGCUCCCAUCUACCUGUCCAAGGCUAAGAAACCUGCCCCUGCACAGGACCUGGGGGGUGUAGGGGGAGUGGGGGGGGUCAACAACCGACUGCCUGGACCUGGUGGGCCUGAAGACCAGCAGACACUGCCCCUGCCUCAGAGACAACGCAGGGACAACACACACAUCAGCACGGAGGAGGAAACAGGAGGAAGAUCGUCCCCUUCCCUUAUAGAUCUGCACAUCCUGGAGACAAACCAACACAUUUCAUCACACAACUGUCCCCAUUCUGACAGCUGCAGCUAUUCAGUAUCACUCCAAGGAACCAGGAACUCCUCCAUGUCACAAAUCACUCUACACAUGAGGUGAGUACACAUGGCCUGCUCCACACAUUCACCUGAACCAACACGGCCUG